GCACCUCCUAAUGGAUGCACAGCGCUGCUGCGGGAGGAGGUGGCCCAGCUGCAGGAGGAGGUUCACCUGCUCCGGCAAAUGAAGGAAAUGCUGACGAAAGACCUGGAGGAGACGCACGGCAGCAAGUCCCCGGAGGUGCUCUCGGCCACCGAGCUGAAGGUGCAGCUGGCGCAGAAGGAGCAGGAGCUGGCGCGCGCCAAGGAGGCUCUGCAGGCCAUGAAAGCCGACCGCAAGCGCUUGAAGGCGGAGAAGACGGACCUGGUGAGCCAGAUGCAGCAGCUGUACGCCACGCUGGAGAGCCGCGAGGAGCAGCUCCGCGACUUCAUCAGGAACUAUGAGCAGCACAGGAAAGAGAGCGAGGACGCGGUGAAAGCCCUGGCGAAGGAGAAGGACCUCCUGGAGCGGGAGAAGUGGGAGCUGCGGCGGCAAGCCAAGGAGGCAACGGAUCACGCCAGCGCCCUCCGCUCCCAGCUCGACCUCAAAGACAACCGCAUGAAGGAGCUGGAGGCCGAGCUGGCCAUGGCCAAGCAGUCCCUCGCCACGCUGACCAAGGACGUCCCCAAGCGCCAUUCCUUGGCCAUGCCGGGCGAGACGGUGCUGAACGGCAACCAGGAGUGGGUGAUGCAGGCCGACCUCCCGCUGACGGCCGCCAUCCGGCAGAGCCAGCAGACCCUCUACCACUCGCACCCCCAGCACUCGGCAGACCGGCAAGCGGUCAGAGUGAGUCCCUGUCAUUCCCGGCAGCCGUCCAUCAUCUCCGACGCCUCUGCGGCCGAGGGCGACCGAUCGUCCACGCCAAGUGACAUCAACUCGCCCCGGCAUCGAACGCACUCACUUUGCAACGGGGACAGUCCUGGACCGGUACAGAAGAACUUGCACAACCCAAUCGUACAGUCUCUAGAGGACCUGGAAGACCAAAAACGGAAAAAGAAGAAAGAGAAGAUGGGCUUUGGCUCCAUUUCCAGGGUGUUUGCCCGCGGGAAGCAGCGCAAGUCCCUCGACCCCGGCCUCUUCGACGGUACGGCCCCCGACUACUACAUCGAGGAGGACGCGGACUGGUGACCCCCCCGCGCUGGGUGAGCGCCGGGAGCCUCUCCCCGGCCUCGCCGUCGCCGAUGUACAUACUCCCACCCCCGCCCCGCCUGUGGACGUGUUACCUGUUGUCUUGGGAGCGAUGCAGCUGUGUCGUAACUUCAGUUUUCUCCCGGUUUUUUUUUUUGUGUGUGUUUUUUUUCUAUACCAGUAACUCCUUUGUUGUUGCUUCAGUUUGUCGGUUUGGGUUUGUUUUUUUUGUUGGCUGGGUUUUUUUUUUUUUGUUUUAAUUCCUCCUUCUUUUUGACAAAACUUGAAACUUGAAGGACUGCUGUGUCUCUGUAAAUACCAGAAAUAUUGUGCACUUUGUGCUUGUGACGUCUCUUGUCUGAAACCCGCUGUUUUCCGGAGCCCAGCCCGCGGGAUGUCCUCGCUUGGGGACGAAGGACCUGCCCAGCUGAGGGACCUUAGAGAGAAAACACACACACACACGCACACACACACACACACAAAAUCUCAUUCGCUGUGAUGUCUUCCUGGCCAAACCCUGCGGAGGCGACACGGGCUGGUUGUAACGCCUGCCGGUCUGGAAAUAAGUGUUUUAACGUUCCUUUUUAGUUGUUUUAAUUUAUUUGCACAAACCCAGAGGAGCUAUUCUAACUAAAUUAUUGCAGAAGUUUUGGGAUUUUUAUAUUUUUCCACGUCGGUUGGGAUGGGGCAGGGAGGAGGAAGGGUGUGUUUGUACUGUACUGUCCUGGGAAGCUGCUGCUGGGGGGGCUGGGGGGGGAGCUGGAGCCAUAGACCCCCCGCCCCAGGCUCCCUCGGCCCCGCAGCUGCAGAUGCCCCAGGAGCACUUAACGCCUUGGAAAACUCAAACCUAAAUACAUGCCGGGAAAUCAGACGUGGGGGAAGGGGGGAGCUGGUGGCAAACUUGCCUGUCAUUUUUGCCCGCGUUUUGGGGGCUUACCUUUUGCUUCGAGGAAAAAUUGGGGGAUCCAGCAUGAGCUAGGAGGAGGGGAAAGGCGAUAUCCCGAGAUAUCGCCCGGCUGGGACCCGCCGCCCCGCUCCCGUUUGGGGUGUUACCACCGUCGGGAGGGGGGGCUGGGGAAAUCGGUACGAGUCCCUUGCUGGGGAGGUUUUUCUGGGACCGGGGUGAUUUUUAAGCUCAGGUGCAACUUGUGCUUCCAAAUCCCUUGGAAAUGCCCCAAAACCACCCCCCCGGCACAGCAGCCGCUUCCCCUCUCCACUAACAUGCACCGCGCUCUGCUUAUGCCAAGAUAAGUACCUUAUGCUUUAAUGCUUACGAUAUAAUUUUAAGCUCUUAAAAAAAAUGUAUUAAGGUUUAUUUAAUGAUGCUAUAAUAGUGUAUUAUUUUUCUUAAUUCCGAUACACGCACCCUGGUUGAAAAAAGGGGUAUUUUGUCUUAAAUCACCCAACUAAACCGCCGAUGCCCUCACGCUGUGUAUUCCUGCUAAUGGGAUGAUGCAGAGAGGCCAUGGGGGGGGGCGAGCGGAGGGACCAGCCCCCACCCUGGGCUCUGCCGAGGGGAGGGCCUGGGGUGGUGGGGCAGGGUUUGCCUCGUGGCAUCUUUCUCUGCAGAGAAACAAUUUUAUAAGUUUUGUUGGGUUUUUUUGGUUGUUUUUUGUUGUUGUUCUCCUUGCGUUUUUAUAAUUUAAACUAUAAAACCACCAGAACAGAUGAGCAAUCUCCUUGUUAUCGAGUAGUUUCCUUUGCAUUUCAGCUUUUUUGUAAAUUAGGAAAUAAUUCUAAAAAUUACUAAGAGGAUGAUUUAUUUAAAAGAGAACUUCGAUAAAUAGCAUAUGAAUUAUGGGUAACAUUAGAUUUAACUUUUCCCCAUGUGAAUGGGGGAGAAUCCUUGAAGGCAUGGAUGCAAAUAUAAAAUUAUAAAAGAUCUAAAUAAAGCUUAUUUUAAAG